GGUGCGCCCAGGCUCCGGCUACGCAUGCGCUCCUUUGCUUUGGAUCCCAGACUGUGGCUGGAGGAGGGAGGGGGACAAAGUGAGUAGAGCGCAGCCCUCCGGCCAAUCAGUCAGGAAGCAGCAGCAACAGCAGUAGGGGCAGAACUAGGGGAUUCUCAGCACUUUGCAAAGUUCCCUGGACACAGAACCAGCCCCGGGAUCCGGAGUAAUCUGUGCGGCCAUCGCAUUCAUUCCCUGCUGCCUCAUCACCAUGCUUUGGAUCUCCUUUUACCCCUUGCUCGCUUGCACUUUAGCGCUAUCCAGUCUCCCCGUCGGGGCAGAUCUCAAGUCCAAGAGUUGUUCGGACGUUCGGAGACUUUACAUUUCCAAUGGCUUCAACCAGAACGAUGCUCCGAACCACGAAAUCAAUGGUGACCACCUGAAAGUCUGCUCCCAGAGACACACAUGCUGCUCCCUAGCAAUGGAGGAAAAAUACAGCCAGCAGAGUAAACAUGACUUCAAGGCUGCGGUUAUUGAACCAUGUAAUAACAUGCAACAUGUUUUUGCCUCCAGAUUCAACAAGUUUGAUGAGUUUUUCAAAGAACUUCUUCAGAAUGCUGAAAACUCUCUAAAUGACAUGUUUGUGAGGACUUAUGGGAGGCUUUACAUGCAGAACUCUGAGCUUUUUAAAGAUUUCUUUGUGGAACUAAGAAAGUACUAUGUUGGCGGUAACGUCAACCUGGAAGAGAUGUUGAAUGAUUUCUGGGCGCGGCUGCUGGAGCGCAUGUUCCGCCUGGUCAACCCCCAGUACCACUUUACAGACGAGUACUUGGAAUGUGUCAGCAAAUACACGGAUCAGCUCAAGCCAUUUGGGGAUGUGCCACGAAAACUGAAGCUUCAAGUCACUAGGGCCUUUGUGGCAGCUCGUACAUUUGCACAGGGACUGUCUGUGGCCCGGGAUGUCAUCAAUAAAGUGUCUACAGUAAACCCAACGCCACAGUGUGUGAAAGCUAUGCUGAAAAUGACCUAUUGCCCGUACUGCAGUGGACUUGUCACUGUAAAGCCUUGUAACAAUUACUGCCUUAAUGUUAUGAGAGGCUGCUUGGCUAAUCCUGGAGACCUCGAUACCGAAUGGAACAAUUUUAUAGAUUCCAUGUUAUUGGUAGCAGAGAGACUGGAAGGGCCAUUUAACAUUGAAACGGUCAUGGACCCCAUUGAUGUGAAGAUCUCUGAUGCCAUCAUGAACAUGCAGGAAAACAGCAUGCAAGUGUCACAAAAGGUUUUCCAGGGAUGUGGGCAGCCCAAACCACUUUCACAGGGAAGGCCGGCUCGCUCUGUUUCUGACAGCAACUUCAACAAUCGCUUUAGGGCGUAUAGUCCUGACGAACGACCAACCACUGCUGCAGGCACCAGUUUGGACAGACUGGUGGCAGAUGUUAAAGAAAAACUGAAAACCGCCAAAAAGUUCUGGUCGUCCUUGCCAGGCAACAUCUGCAAGAAUAACCGGACCUCAGGAGACAGUGAGGAUGAUUGUUGGAAUGGUAGUGAAAAAAGCAGGUAUUUGUAUGCAGUGAUUGGCAACGGUUUGGCCAGCCAGGCAAACAACCCUGAUGUACAAGUUGACAUCACAAAACCAGAUAUAGUCAUCCGUCAGCAGAUCAUGACACUGCGCAUCAUGACAAAUAAAAUGAAGAAUGCUUAUAAUGGGAAUGAUGUGAACUUCAUUGACAUAGUUGAUGAAAGCAGCGGAGAAGGAAGUGGCAGUGGCGGUGAGCCCGAUUCCAGCGAAACAGAUAAGGUUGAGCCGAAGACCAGAAUCAUUCAAUUUGAACAGAAAACGCCUUCUGCAGCCUCUUCCAACAGUGUUUCACUAUCAGUCCUUAUCCCAAGCAUUUUAUUCUUGGUGAGGCAAUGGAGAUAAUGGAAAAUAUUGUUAAACACUAGCAAGAGACAAUUUAUUUCAGUAUGAAAGGCACCUUUUCUUUUAUAACAUCAAGUGACUUGACUUUGGUACUGGAGAAAGGUGCAUCAUUUUUACUAUAUCGCCACAAGAUUUGGAUCUACCCUUCACUCUCAGUGACUGUCAUGAGGGAUCAAAGGAUUUAAUAUCUGUCCUUUUUGUGGCAAACAGACGUGUACAUAAAGUUUUGCAGGUAGCUCAGCCUUAGCAUUUUUUUUUUUUUUCGCAUUUCCAUAAAAUUAAUCCCAGGGUCACACAUUCAUAUGUAACAUGUAUGCUUUUUUUAUGGGAUAUGUGUAUAGAAGCUAUUUUUAUUUAUAAUUGUAUCUUUCUUGGGAAACUGGCUGUGCAGGCAGCAUAAAAAACAAAAAUAUGCUUCUUUUAGUAAAAUCUCCAGUAUUGCGUCGUUACAAUUGCUUUCUGUAUUGGGUAAAGAAGAAGAGACCGAAUAUGGCGUUUAUCUAUGAUAGUACUCUGUCUGUUCAGAUAAGUUUUGGUACAUUGACUUUUUUCCAGACCACUGGAACGGGUUAACGCUUUCUUACAAUUGUGAGAUAUUCAAAAAAAAGGGGUGUGGUCAAAUUACAUUUUUCAAUUUGGCUUGAUCCAACGUCACCUAUUUUUUUUUUUUAAUCUCUGUUUGUAGGGCUGUUAAUGAAUUGAUUUAUCUGGUUCUGAUAGUAGAAUGUGAAAUAUCCUGUAAAAUACAUAAGAAAUAUUGUACAGAUUCGAGGUGCAGCAGUUCUGCAAGAACGAGCAACACUCAACAGACGGUAACACGAUUAUUUUUUAGAUCUAAACAAUUCAAUUUGUUGCCAAAAGGUACUAUCCUGGCUAAUAAGGUAGCAACUUUUCCAAUUUCCAAGUGUUCAUUUAUGUAAACCAAAUAAAAAGGCCAAAUGUC